ACUCGCGUCACUGACCCUCGUUUCCCAAAACAACCAGCAAAACCUAUUUAGUGCUUUACACUGAAAAAACAGAGCAAAGAAGGAGACAUGAAUCUGCUUCCUCUUUCUGUUUCAAAUCCCUACAAAUUCCCUCUUUCUCUACCUUUACAAUUUAAUGCCAUCCCUUUGUCGUCAUUUCGAUUCUCCCUUCCACCAUCUAAUUCUUGUCAUUUCAAAUCCUCAUUUUCAAUCCCAGCUUCUAAUGUUUACAGUAACAUAGCAAGAACAAGAGGAACGAAACGGUACCAAUUUAUUGGCCACUGCACCACUAGUAGUAGAAACUUAGAAUUAGAAUCAUCGUCUUCGUCAUCACCGUCAGAUUCAAAUAAUGAUUCUUCAUCACCCACCGUUGAUUGUGUGGGGACGGGUCUGGACGUGGAGUGCCUUAUCUCUCCCUCCGACACCAACGAUACACUAUCAACGGCGGCGGUGGAAGUAGAAGAAGGAGGAGUAAAAGAAUCGAAAAGAAAUUUAGUGGAAACGGUGGUGGAGACGGGAAUUUUAGUAUCGCCGUUCUUUUUUUGGGGAACGGCGAUGGUGGCGAUGAAGGAGGUUUUGCCUCUCGCCGGACCUUUCUUUGUGGCUGCUUUUAGGCUUAUUCCUGCUGGCUUGAUUUUAGUUGCAUUUGCUGCUUCUAAGGAUAGGCCUUUACCUUCUGGACUCACUGCUUGGUUAUCUAUCGCUCUGUUUGGCGUUGUUGACGCCGCUUGUUUCCAGGGGUUUUUAGCUGAGGGACUGCAGAGGACAUCGGCAGGUUUAGGCAGUGUUAUAAUUGACUCGCAACCUUUGACUGUGGCUGUACUUGCAGCCUUAUUAUUUGGUGAAUCCAUUGGAUUGGUUGGAGCUGCAGGCCUUAUACUUGGUGUUGUAGGACUUUUACUUCUUGAGUUACCUGUUCUGGCUCUUGAUGAGGGUAAUUUUUCAUUGUGGGGAAGUGGAGAGUGGUGGAUGCUUCUUGCUGCUCAGAGCAUGGCAGUAGGCACAGUCAUGGUCCGUUGGGUUACCAAGUACUCAGAUCCUAUUAUGGCAACUGGAUGGCACAUGGUUAUCGGUGGUCUCCCUCUUGUGGUAAUCUCUAUUCUCAACCAUGAUCCCGCCUUCAGUGGGAGUCUUAAGGAUUUGACAACAUCUGAUAUAUUGGCACUCCUCUAUACCUCUAUUUUUGGAAGUGCUAUUAGUUAUGGGGUGUAUUUCUACAGUGCAACAAAAGGUAGCUUGACAAAGCUCAGUUCCCUCACAUUUUUAACCCCAAUGUUCGCUUCAAUUUUUGGGUUCCUAUAUCUUGGUGAGACCUUCUCAUCCUCACAACUGGUGGGGGCUGUUCUUACUUUGGUUGCAAUAUACAUGGUUAACUAUCGUGAAAGUAUUGAAUGAAGCAUUUUGCCUAUAAGAUGGAUGCAAAGGGCAGGAAAAUGCUGAUGGUCUGGUUAGACUCCUGAUUCUCUAGAGUGAGAAUAAAGUUGAUCAAAAGAUAUCAAUCAACAUAUAUGCUACCAGCUCAUUAAUAUAUCUGUGAAUAAUGGUCGGAAUUGUUUGGUACCUUUUAAGGGUUACAUAUGAUUCAAAGUGACAAAGCUGUUACCUCAAAGGGUCUGAAUUGGAUAGACUGCCUCUUGAUGUCUAGAAUUUCUCACUUCAAGACUAUCGUUGUUUGUACCCUGGUUGGGAAUCAGUUUUGCUGUGCAUUUACUUGUACAUAGGGAAACACUUGGAACUAAUCUUCUUUUGAGAAUGUAUAUAUAGGAAAUUCUACAUUGUUCUUUUCCAAAAUAAACAGUGCUUGUUAAAUUAUUGAGACAGGUCCCAUCUUGUGAUGGAGAGAGAGAAAGUAAAGUAGAAAUAAAGUGAUUAAAAUCAGAGUUAGAAAGCAUUGAUGGAGGUGUGUGAAUUCAGGGUUUUGCUGCAUUUAGAAGUCAUACUGUUUAGAUUAAUAGUUCUUUUAUUGCUAGAAAUUUGUAACCUGGCUAAAUAGCUUGUUUUGUUUUGUAGUAAUGUUUGUACAUUCGGUUGUAUUUUUGCCCCUAUUUAUUCACCCUUGAACAAGUUACAUGCCAAUUCAGUGUA